AUGCAUGUGCACCCCUGGCUCCUUCCUCAGAUAACCUUCCCCACUACCGAAAGUGCCCCAUACGAGGCAAGCAUUGCGUGGCCUAUUCUUUUAUACACAAGAUACGGAAGACAGAGGGAAAGGGCGAACAACCAAACCCAAGAGACAAGGCAAGAGCACUCCGAACCGAUACAAGAAGAAGGGCCACGGGCACCUUUUUCUACACCAGGAACCUAUCCGACACCAACAGCAACGCCACACCAUCGACAACGACUUCCACCAGCAGCCGCCACAGCGCACGGCGGACCGCGGGUCCCCCGCCAACACCCCAUGAGCGACUCCAGCUCGCCGCCGCCGCCGCCGACCGCUGGCGCAGCCCCGCCCGGUGCCGAGGUUGCGGCUGGAGCAGUGGUGCCCCAGUCUCCGGCAACGACGGGGACAGCCAACGUGGCCGGCAGGGGGACGGCACCUGCAGUCACAGCAGCGGCGUCUGUGUUAACAGUAGACCCGUCUUUGCCACCAGCACGAAGGCCUGAUGGGCCUCCGGCUCCAGCUGCUGCAGGCUUGAGAUCCUCGUCACCGGCAUCAUUGCGAGGAAGCCUACGAGACCGUGGACAAGAAGAGGACCUUGAUCACGAUCGACGAAGCCAGCGAAGCUCGGAACCUCAACGACAGCAACAACAUACAUCUCCCGCCUCCUCCACGACGACACCGCCGCGCCGACGCUCCUUCUUCUCCCGCUUCUCCCUCCCGUUCCACGCGCCCGCCCGCACCAUCGCCGACUUCCACAUCCGUCCUGCCGAGCCACAUCGCAAGUAUGGCGCCGGCGAUCAUGUCCUAGGCGCAGUCGUACUGGCUGUCGUCAAGCCAGUUCGCAUCACCCACUUGACCGUGUCGCUGCGUGGCCUCGUGCGUGUCUUCAAGGACCCCAACUCGGCUGCCACGGCAACGUUGCCCAACGAUACCGCCACCGACUCCUCGUCGUCCUCGUCGCGUCUACUGGCAUCGAAAUCCUCCUCCUCCUCUUCCUCCUCCUCCUACCUGGGCAACGGCCAUGCCCUUCUCUUCCGCGAUGAGAUGGUCCUGAGUGGCGCCGGCCGGUUAGAGCCCGGCAACUACGAGUUCGAGUUCGACCUCAUCUUUCCCUCGCGGGGGCUGCCUAGUAGUAUCGAUUUUGAGCGUGGCUCCAUAUGCUAUGUCAUUACCGCUACCCUUACUCGUCCGACUACGGUUGCACCCACUCAGUCUUGUGAUCGGAGGGUCUAUCUCGUUGACCCAGUCGACAUCGGCACAGUACCGAAGCCACGGCCGCGCACAAUCUCCCUUGAGCCCAUAUCGAAGCGGUCCAAGAAACGCAAGUUCGUUGUUGUGACCCAACCGCCAUCAGGAAGCGGUCCCACUUCGGUCAUACCAGCAGGCUCAGCCGGCGCUGCAGGCGCCAUGUCCACAAUUUCCUUUGCGUCGGGCAGCGGCAGCACCGACCGGUACGAUACUGCUGCGCUUUCUGACCGUGGGUCGGCGCGAGAUAGUACCCACGGAACCAUACAAACCGAAGACAACGAGCAUGACGGCUACGCUGAAGCCCAAAGUCGGACGUCACGAACGUCACAACCUCGAAGUCCCGCGCCAACGGACAUCCGUAGCGAAGUCAGCGUUGACAGUGUGACCAGUGGAGGGAGCGAAGGCCGCAGUAGAAGCAGUGGAAUUGCAGGAACAGGUGGCGGCGCAGGAUCUGGCUCGGGAUCUGGCUCAGGAUCUGGUUCCGGAGCAGGACCUGGUUCUGGUCUAGGUUCUGGAGCCAUUUCUGGGGCUGGUGCUGCAAGCAACGUCGUCCGCCUAUCGAGUCCAGCAAGCUCACACGCUCCAGCAAGCAUGGCUGGACAAUCAGUGGCAUCAACCACUGGUACGAACACAUCCUCGUCAACCAUCACAAAUCCGGCCGCCGGCAGCAACAACGGAAAUAGCACUUCUGGAAAUGGCUACCGAUCACACCCCGGGCCCGUGUCGUCUGUUUCUACCACUACCGUGAGUGGUGUUGUCGACGACCGAACGAUUACGGCCACAAUCGACUUGCUCAAAGGCGGCUGCCUUCCCGGCGAGGUCGUCAGCGUGAAAGUCUCCGUGCAGCAUGUGAAGCGCAUCAAGAGCUUGCACGGCGUGGUUGUCACCCUUUACCGCCAGGGCCGGAUCGACUCUGCACCGCCAGAAUUCAUGUUCCCUUCUGCGGGGACGAGCAUCGCUGAAGAGGACGAAGAGCCCAACGGCGAAGGCGCAGGCAGCAACGGCGUUCUGCUAAAUAGCACCACAGACGCCGGCUCGCAGCCGCAUCCCGAUCUGGAUGACGAGCAAGCUGAACCAAAAAGUCGGAAGCAACGGAAACAAAUGGAGCGAGAGGCAAAAGAGAAAGAAAAACAGGCGAAAGACCGAAAAAAAGACAAAGAACAUAACCACAAGAGCAGCAAGGACAAGAAAAGUGGCGGCGGGAACGGGGCUGCCAAGCACGAAAACUACUAUCCCAAGUCCAAGACUGGUCUUGGCGGCCUGUCUCUUAUGUCUGCGGGUACCUGCAGUGUAUUUCGCAAAGAUCUCUCGCAGUCCUUUAGCCCACUGAUCAUCGACCCUCGCACUUUGCAGUCAAGCGUGACUGCAUCUGUCCGUAUGCCCGAGGAUGCCUUCGCCACCAUCAAGGGUGUUCCGGGUGACAUGAUCAGCUUCAAGUAUCAGCUUGAGGUCAUUGUCGACUUGGGAGGAAAGUUGGCUGGCCUGCUACAGUCUGGCGUCGGCCCUACCGGCCCCAAUUUGGUCAGCAACAGCAGCAAUCCGUAUGAUGGCAAGCCCAUGCUGGCGCCUACAUCGGCUCUCUGGAGCGGCGGCAGCAACAUGAUCGAUACGGACCAGCUACGGCGACAAAAGGGCGUGAUCUUUGUUGCCUUUGAGGUCGUCGUCGGUACGACAGAUACGAGCCGGCAACGCGGCCGUGGCCUUAAAGGAACCGCACUGUCUCUGGAUGUCCAGCAGCAGCCAGACCCACAGCAAAUCCUUUUGCAGCAGCAACAACAGCCAUUGCCAUAUGUCUCACGCCACCCCCCUGACUGGUACCCAGAAGACCGUAAAGGUCCAUACCAGCAGCCUGAGCAACCUCCGUACCCGAGCUGGCCAGCGAACGGGACAGCAUCUGGCGGUACCUUUGCAGGGCCAUCAACUGCGCCACCAGGCCCUCCUAACGAACCUUACUACGAGCAACAGCAUUAUCCACAUUACCAGUACCACCAGCAGCACGACUACAACAACAGCAACUACCACAAUCAUCCUCGCCAUGGGCACAACUAUAACUACUAUGACGAGCCAGGCUCGCCGUCUGCUACUGCACCGCCCCGCCCUCCGUAUAUCGAUCCCGGGCAAUCGUCACAAGCACCGCAAUACGUGCCGACGGCUGAGAUGCUUGCUGCUGAGCGUGACCCCAACAUAUCAGAGAAGGAACGAGUCCGCCGUGCCGAGCAGCGGCUCCUGCCCAGCCAUCCUGGUGAGGCUCCAGGAUCAUCGGCGCCAGUAGACAAUGGAGAGAGCAGCAGAAGUGCCGGCCGCCAUGCACCGUCCGCUCCCACGGCCCCAACACUCGAUGAGUUGACCACCUACGGGCCAUUUGCGCCCCCGUUCGACGCCGACUCCCGCCCUGGUCCGGCACAGCCACCAACCGAGGACAAGCAAGAGCUAGAGCGGCGGCGGUUGCUGGCCGAAGCCAGUGCACCUCCUUCUUUCCCAGAAGACUACGAGGACGUCGGAUCGAGCAGCAACAACACCCGUGUCGGCAGGACGACAAGAACGUACGCGGCUGGUCCAAGCAGCAGUGCCGGUGCCCGGGUGCCAAGCUUCAACGGAGCUCGUGCCACAUCCGCUGACCCAUCGGCGCCGUCGGCGCCAUCCGCACCAGUCAUCGAAGAGGACGAUGGCCAUUAUCAGCAGUACGAUCACAGUCCUGCUUACUUACAUCCUCCUCCCGCAAGCGGCUCGUCGUCGUUUCCCUCUGCGCCGCCAGUUGCUGGGCCUUCAGCCCCGCCUGUGUCUUCUGCAAUGGCACCAUCUGCACCUCCUGCCGAUGCUCUUCUGGGUGAUGAUAUUGUGAGCUCCAGUGCUGUGGAUGAUGCUCCCAGCGCCCCUCUUGCCGAGGAUGUUGAUGCUCCAGCAGAGGGUACCACGGAUGAAGAACGCUAUGGCCGGCACUAUACAUACGGGCCUGGGAGUGGACCAGAAGCCGUCCAUGGAACUAGCGGUGGAAACGAACAUGCAGAGCCGUUGCCACGGUAUGAACGGUGA